AUGAACAAAAACGGAACAGCUAAAAUGAAUGAUAAUCAAAUUAGAGCAGAAGGUAGAAGGUUAUUUAAACGCUUCUAUAACAUUCCUGAUGGUGUUAAUCCUAAAACUCGUAGAAGUUAUUUAAAUGAAGCCAUAGAUGCAUAUGAAGGAUUUGACAUUUCAUCAGAAAGUGAGAGGUUAGCAAGAAUGUUAAACGUUAAUAUUGAUUUUUAUUAUUGUGACCCUCAACCAGAAGACGUAGACAUUAACAAGGUAGACUUUCCAUUAGUGGAAUCAAUAAUGAUAGAUCCAGAAUUUGAAACAGUAAAUAUUUUAUUAACACAGAGUCCAUGUGGAAAACUUCACGCUGACAGAAUUACAGACGUUGAAGCACUCACAGGAUAUAAAGUUUGCCCCUUUUGCAAAGAAGAAGUAUAUUCUAUCCGUGAUGAUCCAGAAAGGAAAAACCAAAGAAGAUUUUUAAAACAUUGUGAGAAAUGUAAAGAAAAUAAUGGAAGAUUAAUUCAAGACGUUCAAUUGCAAAACACACAACAACCAUAUACACCACAUAUCACGAAACAGAAGAUACAUCAAUGGCUAUUAGCACAUAAUUUGCAGGAAUAUUAUAAACCGACAAGAUAUUAUAUUACUUUUGACUUCGAAACAUUAGAGACUAAAGAAGAAUUACAACUUUCUGAGUGUGCAACUUUGAAUGCUUACUUAAAACCAUUCAUGGUGUCAUCAACGGUUAAAUUAAAUGAUAAAACAUAUACGAGGAAUUUUUGCUUAACUUCGAGUGAUUCUUUUAUUUCUGAUUGGAUUGAGUUUUUAUUUUCAACCUGUUCAUUAGUUGCUAAAUCAAAUAUUGAACAAUAUGAAGAAUUAAUGAAGUUGCAAACAUUAAAUGAGAAACAGAAGGAAGCAUUUAAAGAACUUCUAGAUGAGGAAUUCAAUAAAGUGAAUAUCAUUGGUUUUAAUUCAGGAAAGUUUGAUUUAAAUUUAAUUCUUCGUGAUUUAAAUACUGCAAAAUGGAAAAUAAAAUCAAUGCUGGGUUCAUCUUCACAAUUUAAGCAAAUCAUUGUAAAGAAAACAAACGUUCCAUAUGAAUUGAGAUUUAUUGACAUCAGAAAUUAUAUAGCGGGUGGGACAUUAGACCAAUUCACUCAAGAUUUCGGAAACAAUAAAUCACGUGUUAAAUCCUUUUUCCCUUAUCAAUUCAUCACGUGGGAAAAUUACGAAGAAGAAUUAUAUAAAGUGGAACCAUUCACGAAAGAUUCAUUUUAUUCAGCAUUAACUCAAGAAACUAUAUCAGAUAGUGAUUAUCAAAUAUAUCUCAAUGAUGCUAAAAACUUUAAGAAUAGAUUAGAAUAUUUUAUUCAUUAUUGCAAUAAAGAUGUUGAAAUUAUGAUUGACCCAAUUGAUAAAAUUAUUGAAGAAACAUUUGUUUAUAAAAUUGACAUGCUUCAUAAUCUUUCUUUAUCAUCGAAUGCUUCAAUGAUUCGUUACGCUUUAGCAUAUAAAGACUUUAAUCCUAAUGAAAAAUAUCCUGAGGAAGAGAUAGAAUCAAGUUUUGAAUUAACGAAAAAGUAUUGGAAAUAUAAAAUUGAAUCAUAUAAGAAACAAGAUGAAAAAGCAGAAAGGGAUACUAAAAAUAAUGUUUCAAUGGAUGAUUUUCAAUACUAUCACGAUUUAAUCCUUUCAUCUAAAUGCAAAAUGUGUGGUAAAGCGUUUACAUAUGCAAAUAAACCAACAUUGGAUAGAAUCGAUAAUGAAAAACCACAUACCAAAGAAAAUUGUCAGUUAAUGUGUUGUUAUUGCAAUGUCGUAAAAUCAAAUAAAGAUGAAGAUGUUCAACGUUUAAGAAUCAAUUUAAGAAAUUAUGCAUUAAAAAAUAAUUUACCAAUGACUUUAGAUUCAGUUGAAGCUUAUCACAUUCUCCGUAAUGGAAUUACUGGUGGUUUAUCAAAUGUUCAACAUAGAGUAAAUCUUAAAGGAAU